AUGUCCAAAACCUUCACGCUCCAGGAUGUUGCUCAGCGGUCAACCGAUCGCACUGGCCUUAUUGUUGUCAGUAAGAAGGUUUACGACGUAACAGAGUAUUUGACCGAGCAUCCCGGUGGUGGCGACGACAUUUUAGUUGAGGUUCUUGGCCAGGAUGCCACUGAAGCCUUUCACGAAGUUGGACACAGCGAAGCUGCUAGGGAGAAACUCGAGUCACUUCUAGUUGGGAAAUUGAAAGAUGAACCUCAGAUGCAAGACUCCAAGGUCAAGUCUGUUGGAGCUGCCUCAUCCUGGCGACUGCAGCGGAGUACGAUGGACUUGGCUAUUGUAUUCCUCCUACUGUCAGUCUCGGCAGCCUUCUUCCGAUUCAAAACGGCGCCAGCCAAUGAUUCUUGA